AUGGUUCAAGUUGCACUCAGGGAGUCCGAGGUUGAUACUAGUGCAUUUCAGAUCCCUCUUCCCGACGCAGCUCUGCAAACCCCUAUCCCAAGCUCCGCCACAAUGGUCGCUGCGAAGAAAACUAAGAAGACUCAUGAGAGCAUUAAUAACAGGCUGGCUCUCGUGAUGAAGAGCGGCAAAUACACCCUCGGAUACAAGACCGUCCUCAAAUCUCUCCGCAGCUCCAAAGGAAAACUGAUACUCAUUUCAAACAAUUGUCCGCCGCUGAGGAAAUCUGAGAUUGAGUACUACGCUAUGCUGGCAAAAGUUGGGGUUCACCACUACAAUGGAAAUAAUGUUGACUUGGGAACUGCAUGUGGCAAGUACUUCCGAGUUUCCUGUCUUAGCAUUGUCGAUCCUGGUGACUCAGACAUCAUCAAAUCGUUGCCUGGUGAUCACUAA